GAACAGCGGGGCGGGAGCUAAGAAGAAAUCCUUGCUUGUUACGCUGUGACGGAGCACAAUUCUGUCCGCUCUCGCUCCCCUGGCCGGGCCGCGGGGCGGCGGCGCCUGCGCGCCCGCUCCCACACCUACGGUACGGCCCGCCUUCCCCGCGGGGGCCGGCCCCUCCGUCUGCGCCUGCGCGGCGGGACGCGUGGCCUAGCGCGAGUGUGCGUGUGGCGGCCUCGCGCGGAGCAGGACAUGGCGAAGAGCCUGAGGAGCAAAUGGAGGAGGAAGAUGCGGGCGGAGAAGAGGAAGAAGAACGCGCCGAAGGAGCUGGAGAGGCUGAAGAAGAUCCUGGGAACCAAAGCGGAUGUCAUCAUGGAGGAGGUCAAGGAGGUGGCGACCGUGCUGCCCCCCGAGAAAGUGCUGGAGCAGAGAGAUGAUGGCAAAAUGGAGGUGGAUAAUAAACGAAACAAAAAAACUCUUCUAGACCAGCAUGGACAGUACCCAAUAUGGAUGAAUUCCAGGCAGAAAAAGAAGCUUAAGGCUCAGCGUGUUAAAGGGAAAAAAAAAACAAAAUUGGCCAAAGGCCUCGUCUGGUAAAAUCAGUUUUGUAAAGAUCAUGAAUAUUUUAUUUAACAAAAUAAAUUUUCCACAUAAGUUCAUGAAA